AUGGCUUGUACACCAAUAAACAUUGAUAAAUUGGAAGAACUUUUAUUUGAACAUCCAGAUAAAACUUUUACAUCCCAAUUAUGCUCAGGUCUAAGGGAGGGUUUUAUGACAGGGAUUGAAAACGUCCCAGCACUUUCAUAUGAAUGUACCAAUAACCUAACAGCUAGGGCAGACCCAGCUUCUGUUAGUAGACUUUUGCAGUCAGAAAUUGACAAAGGCUAUGUGAUAGGACCCUUCGAUACACCGCCUUUUUCAGUUUUUCGUAUAAGCCCCUUAGGUUUAGCUGAGGGCAAGUAUUCGGGAAAGAAACGUCUUAUUGUUGAUCUUUCAGCCCCCCAUGACAAACCAGGAGUUCCAAGCCUUAACGAACUCAUAGACAAGGAGGCUUUUUCAAUGUCAUACAUACGUAUUGAUGAUGCUACUAUGGAAUUGAAAAGAGUGGGUAGCAGUGCAUUUAUGUGUAAAUUUGAUAUCAUGGAUGCAUUUAAACAAGUUCCACUUCACCCAUCGGUCGUGCCCUGGCAUGGGGUUAAAUGGGAAGGAAAGUAUUAUUUCUUUGUACGACUAGUAUUUGGUUGCAGGUCAAGUCCAAAAUUGUUUGACGCACUUUCCCAAGCUAUUUGUUGGAUUGCGGAACACAAAUAUGGAAUCAAAUUUAUUUUGCAUCUUUUAGAUGAUUUUUUUACUGUAGAUGAUGGAGAAUUUAGUGCUUUGCGUACAAUGUCAAUCAUGACAUUGAUUUUUAAUACUUUACGAAUUCCUUUGGCGAAACAUAAAACACUGGGUCCUGUCCAGGAAUUGGAGUAUUUAGGUAUAAUGCUUAACUCAAAAGAAUUGAUGGCCUUUCUACCAACAGACAAGAGAAUCAGGAUUUCACAAAAAUUAUCUGAAGUGUUAGCAAAGAAAAGUGUUACCAAACAAGUCUUGUUAUCUUUGUUAGGUCAUCUGAGUUUUGCUGGAAGAGUAGUCCUGCCAGGUAGAUCUUUUGUGUCUCAUCUACUGCAGUUAGCCUCCACAGUACCAAAACUUCAUUACCAUGUAGCUAUUAAUAGUGACUGUCGCAUGGAGCUAGCUAUGUGGGAUAGUUUCUUGCAAUCAUGGAAUGGAGUUCAUCUUUUCCUCAACAGUGAGGUCACCAGUGCUGCAGACUUGCAGAUUUACACAGACGCUUCAUCAAAGGUUGGGUUUGGGGGAUAUUUUAGAGGCGAAUGGUUUAGCGACUGUUGGCCUGCAGAACUUAACAUGAAUAACCGGAGUGAUCUAUCUAUGGCCCUUUUAGAAUUAUACCCUAUUGUGGUUGCAGCUAUGUUAUGGGGAGGGAAAUGGUCUCAAAAGCGCAUCAGGUUUAAUUGUGACAAUGAGGCUACGGUACAUAUCAUUAACAAAGGUAGAGCCUCUUCGAAGUGCCAAACUAUAAAUAAGUUAAUGAGACGACUCACCUUGUUGGCAAUGCGCUAUAAUUUUAUAAUUCUUGCACGCUUUCUCCCAGGGGUUCAUAACGGGAUAGCUGAUUCAUUAUCACGUUUCCAUUUCCAGAAGUUCAGGCAGUUGGCUCCAGCCGCACAGCAGCUCAGAACGCAGUGUCCACUAUAUUGCGAAGUGACCCAGAUCUAG